AUGAACCGCUCACUAAGCCACAUCCUGCCGCAAAGUCUUGGGCUGGCGCUCCCAAGGGCGAUGGAGGAAUACUUUAGCAGAUCUUUGGUACCGACGGGCCGAUUCGCGGAAAUUUCAAUUAUGGUCUGUCUGAGACGUUUGCGCCUGGCGACAGCAAGUCUCCGGCUCGUCCCUUGCUUCGACGGUCAAGACAAAUUCAUCUUGGACACCCGCAAACAGAGGGAAGCCUGGAUGCUCGAGCAACGGGAAAAGCUUGCUCGUCUCGUGCUUGAUGCCAGCCCACUUCCACUUGAGACAAAGCGGCAGAUUUUGAGAUAUCUGGAGCCUCUUAACCCGAGGACCGGGUAUGGUCACUAUCUCCAGCUAGAUGAGGUAUAUCUUCCGUUCCCUAUGGUCGACAAACAGCCCGCCGGCCCAAGUGCUCACGGUACGAAAGCCGAGAAACGUUCAACGCAUGACUUCGUAGUAUGGAAUCUUGCCCUGCGCUGUUUUCCCACCUUUGAACAAACCUCGGGUCGGAAAUUGGCACGCUGCUAUCCACUCCGCUCUAUUAACGCCGAGCGCACGCCGGUACCGGUGUCAUGGCGGUAUAACCUUGAGCACAUUUUAAAGAUCCGUUGUGGCGAAGGCAACAGGCUCGACGAGGUGGGGCUGGGUUCAGCGAUACCUAUGAUUCUGACCAGUUGCGAAGCAGAGGAAGAACGCAAAAAGCACUUGUUUUAUGAUGACCCAAACGACGAAGAUGAGAGUAAAGAGCGGCUGACGAGCGGUGGUAUUGGGGGGUUGUUUCAUGCCAUGAUCUGCGGCAAGAGUUUACUUGGUCACUGGCGGAGCUCGAAUAUGGAGGGCAUGACGACGUGUGAAGCUUCGUGGAUGCUUGGACGGACUACAAGUGAAGAGAAUUCCGCAAAGGCCUCUUUUGCUUCUUUGAGUCUUUCGGGACGUUUAUGCUCUGUUUGCGGUAGCUUUACUAUCCCCUUUUUUUGA